GAUCAGUUUACUUUCGUCCCUCAAUCUACAAGCUUGUACUUAAAGAUGCUGAUCUUAAAGCACCCCGAAACCGGCAAAAGCCUGGAACUAAAUAAGUUUUGGCUACGUGAUCACUGUCGGUGUGGGGAGUGUCUUAAUUUGGAUACAAAUCAGCGGAGGAUCGAUCUCCUGGACUUGCCAUCGGAUGUCAAGUUGCUAGAGUCAAAGUACGAAGGCAGUACCUUUAUUGUGAAGUGGAGCGAUGGCCACCGAUCAAGCUAUGACUUGGAUUUUAUUUUCGAGUCCCAGUUGGAGAGCUUGAUAAGUCGCCGUUCAAAGUCCAGCAAUCUCACGCCCUGGAACCGCAGCAUUAUUUUUCAAAACGAGCGGCACUUGAGAUUCUCGCUGCCUCAGCUGGUCUCUAGUGAGGAUGUCGUGAAAUCUCUGGUGGAAUCUUUGGUUCGCUACGGCAUUAUCUUCAUCGAUGAUGUGCCGCCCACGCCUUACAUGACGGAGUUGGCUUUGCGGCGAGUCUUUCCUUUGAUGAAAACCUUCUUCGGCAAAAUGUGGACCUUCAGCGAUAAGCCAGAUCAUGCUGAUACUGCCUACACCAAGCUUUAUCUUGGAUCGCACACUGAUAACACCUACUUCUGUGAUGCUGCCGGUCUCCAAGCUCUGCACUGUAUUGAACACUCCGGGGGCUCUGGAGGGGAGAACUUUUUCGUGGACGGCCUGCGAGUGGUUCACGAACUGAAACGCCUGUACCCCGAUGCCUAUAAGACGUUGUGCCGCGUUCAGGUCCCGGGGGAGUAUAUCGAGAAGGGCGAACACCAUCGUCACACGGCUCCCAUUAUCCAAGUGGACCCCCUGACUGAGGAACUCGUGCAGCUCCGUGUCAAUGUCUACGAUCGAGCCGUUUUCGAUACCAUUCCCCAAACGGAAAUGUCUGAUUUCUACGCAAGCCUUAGGAAACUUUUGAAACUGUUAAGAGACGAGGAGAACCAAUGGACUCUGAAGCUUAAUCCAGGCAGCAUCGUCCUUUUUGACAACUGGAGAGUCCUUCACGGGCGCCAUGCCUACACGGGUAGUCGCACCAUGUCCGGUUCGUACGUUCAGCGGACGGACUUCCUCAGCAAGGCUAGGGUCUUUGGAAUUAUUGAUUAGUUAUCCGUUAUUAUGUGUGGAAUCACUCUGCCUGUUGGUCCAUUAAACAAAUUAUAAACAAAAUAAAGUAAAUGUCUUUAAUUUUGUUUCUGAUUGCCCGAAAAA